GGAACCAAUGAAGGCCCAGACACUCUACAGUGGCGAAAACCAAAUCUGGAUCCUCAUGUCGAUGCCUAAAUCCCUUCUUCGCAGGUGUUAAUUCGGCGAACGCCGUAGCCGAAAGCUUCCGCCGUUGACGGCGACGAUGAUGCUGAGAUGUUGCUCCAGGCUUCGCUCUUUGGCUCUUCACUCUCGCCUUCCUCUUCCCUCACCAUCUUCUCGUCGUCUGCUUCACUACUCCCCUCAUCCUCUCCAGUUUUCUUCCUGUAAUCGGCUUCCUUCUUCCCUCUUCAAUGCCUCGUCAUCAUCCCCUCCUACAUUGGCUCUUUACGCCUUUCGCUAUUCUCCUUUGCCUCCCUCUUUGGUUCAAGUGCGGCACGUUUCUUCAAGAGAGCGGAAGAAGAGAAGGAAGCCAAUGACGCCGGUCACUUCCAAGCUCAAGAAAUUCAAAAUGAAAUUUUAUUCGUCUUACAAGUCCAGGUUCGGAACAUUGAAUGAUGGGACGAUCAGGCGCUGGAAGGAGGGCAAACGGCACAAUGCUCAUUUGAAGUCAAAGAAAUCAAAACGGAGACUGAGAAAACCUGCUAUUGUCCCUCCAGCAUUCGCCAAAGUGAUGAAGAAGCUCAGUUUUUGUGCUUAGAACACCAAAAGUUCCUUCUACUUACGGCAUGAAAGAGAAAAUGUUUGCAGAUCAUUAUUUAAUUUAUUGUCUUUGUUGUCCAUUUUCUCAUUUGAUGAACCAUAGAAUGGGCAAUUUGAAGUAUGCAGAGCGGUGUGUUCCCUAGGUACUUGCUUUGCAACAAAUCAUUUGAUAACAUGUUCCGGUCUAUCAUAGUGCCAGCCAGUCUUUAGUGAACAAUAUGUGAAAUAGUGGCUGAUUUAUCUUUGUCGUUGGGAUUCUUCCGGAUUGUUUGUAGCUAAUAAAAUUUAUUUUAGGAAUCCAGAGACCGGAGGAGCGUCUCUGAGAAUGUGAAAGCUGGAUUAACUUCGAAGUUUGAAGGAUAUAUAUGAUCGUUUUUAAAUUAAUUGAAAAUGAGAAUACUGUUUUCCAUGGAUGGAAAGCAAGGAGUAUAGCAUAGCAUAUAUUCCAAUA